GGCGUGCCGUGCGGGACUCGGCUAGCUCGCCGCUGCUACAUCCGGGCGCUCCGUUCGGUUUACAAGCCUGCGAAGAUGGCGACUCCAGGGAGGAGUGCAUUAUUAUCCUCCACAUCAGCUGGACCCAAGAGCACGCCGGAGAGCUCCAACCCGGAGGAGGACGACGGCCAGGACCUAUGGUCCACCAUCCUGAGUGAAGUCUCGACCCAUUCAAGAUCCAAGCUACCGUCCGGGAGGAAUGUCCUGGUCAUGGGUGAGGUGGGGUCGGGGAAGACCACCCUGGUCGCAAAGCUACAGGGGGUUGAAGAAUACAUGAAGGGGCGUGGCCUCGAAUACCUCUACUUUAAUGUCCAUGACGACGACAUCGAUGACCAUGCCAGAUGUAAUGCCUGGGUGUUGGAUGGAGACCUUUACCACAAGGGUCUGCAGGGAGUCGCAGUACCCGUGGACUCCGUUGAGAACACGCUGCUGCUGAUCACAGUUGACAUGUCGCGGCCGUGGAACGCGCUGGACUCCCUCCAGAAGUGGGCCGCCGUUGCUAGGGAACACAUCGACAAACUCCGAGUCGCCCCGGAAAAGCUGCGGGAGCUGGAGCACAGAAUUGUAAAACAGUUCCAAGAGUACACGGAACCAGGUAGUGGGGAAGAUGGCGCACCGCAGAGAAGGAGCGACGAGGAGGAGAGCAUCCUGCUGCCAUUAGGAGACAACACACUCACGCACAAUCUGGGGAUACCCGUGGUGGUGGUCUGCACGAAGUGCGACGCGAUCAGCACGCUGGAGAAGGAGCACGACUACAGAGACGAACACCUGGACUUCAUCCAGUCCCACAUCAGACGCUUCUGUCUGCAGUAUGGUGCCUCUCUGAUCUACACGUCGGUGAAGGAGAUGAAGAACCUGGACAUCCUGUACAAAUAUCUGGUCCACAGACUCUACGGCUUUCCCUUCCACUGCCCCGCACAAGUAGUGGAAAGGGACGCCGUCUUUAUUCCGUCAGGGUGGGACAAUGAGAAGAAGAUCGCCAUACUACAUGAGAACUUCCAGACAGUAAAAUCAGACGACAGCUUCGAAGAAGUAAUAGUCAAACCGCCAGUCAGAAAGAUUGUCCAUGAAAAAGAGAUUCAGGCCGAAGAUGAUCAAGUAUUUCUGGUCAAACUGCAGUCGCUGAUCGCCAAACAGCCCGCCGUGACAGCGGGACGGCCAGUGGACACGACCAGCAGAGCGCCCACGGGCUCCCCGAGGACGAGUAAUCGCUCUGCGGCGGCCAACGUGGCCAACGCCAUGCCACAGUCAGGUCAGACCAGUGAGGGCGUGUUGGCCAACUUCUUCAACAGUCUACUGACAAAGAAGCCGGGGACAGGCGGGCCGGGGACACCGGGCGGAGGGAACAACACUCCAGGGACCGUACGGAAGUCAGACAUGAGCAUAACUCUUGGUUCGAAACUGGGCCUGAGUGACGUCCAGGCGGAGCUGGACCGCAUAUCAAACCGGGAGACUGACUCAGACUUGCCCAAUGCCAACGAGACCCCCGCCACCGACGGCCAGGACACAUGAAGACCAACACUUUUCUCCCUGCUCUCUCUUCCCUCCACCCCGGUCAUUGCCCACCUCCCCCUCCCCCUCCUCCUUCCUCCACUUCAUCAUAAAAGUCCAGGGGAAAAGAGGAGUGGACGCACACACACGUUUUCCUUUCUCUCCCCCCCCCUCCCCCCCGUCGUCCUUCACUUUAUCCCACCCCAAGGAGACCAACACUCCCCCCCUCCCUCCCCCGCACCUCGUUCCCACCACCCCCACCUCCUCUCUCCUCCUCCUCGGCCCAUUCCGCCGAGGAUUUGUCACUGUUACAUUCGAGACUGUCUGUUAACAUGGGUAGGGGGGAAACCGAAAGGGACGUGUGAAGGCAUGAGAGAAAGUCGGAAAAAGACUGAUUGCAAGAAUGAGAGCGAGAGCGUUUCAUCCAUCCGUCGGCUGUGACGGCACAGUUAGCGUUUUGACUGUAGGAAGUUUUGAGGGCGCAUGAUGAGGAGAGAAAUUGCACUUAGGUGAACUAGGGAUGGUUGUGUGUUUAUUGUACGUGGGGCGAGUCCUGCCUGGGUAGAGGAGAUUCAUAACAAACAAUGCCUGAGACAAAAUUUGCAACCAGUCUUUUUUUUUUUCUUCUUCUUCUUCUUCUUCUUUUUUACAUACAUGAAGGGAAACGUACAGUAUUUGUGAGUGAGUGUCUGUGUGGAUGUGUGUGUGUGUGUGUGUGUGUGUGUGUGUGUAUGUGCAAGCAGAGUGGCUGAGGUAGGAAAACGAAGGAAGUCAUUUCACCUUAGUCCCAAUUGUUGCGAAAUUUUUGACUGUUUGUAUUUCAACCAAAUGGCAUCAGACGUCACUAUGCUCUUACACUACAGCUCACCUGAAGGAGUGAAAACUCUUAUUAUUCCAGCAACCAUGACUGCUUGACUACAUGAUUAAAAAAAAUCUACUACAAAUUUAGACACUAUGGUUCGUCACGAGACUCGAUUUCCCCCCAAUUGGCCGAAGGGUUCCUGGAGUUGCUGACAAAGUUGAAAAUGUGUGUAGAUAGCAGACUGUACACUGAGAAGGGAGGGCUUGUAGAGGGUCGGGUGGGUAGCUGAGCUUUACUUGUACAGAAAGACACACUAGUGAUUAAGUUUCAUAGUUACUGCUGGCAGGGUGGCGGUCGGGGAACGAGGGAGGGUCACAUCAAGAAUGUACAGUCAUUGUCAUGCUGAUUGGUCCUGUUAUUUCAGAGCUCUGUGUUGGCGUUUGUAUAAUCAAAUCUGUCAAUCAGUCAAAUAAAAGGUGUAUUUAUUCGGAUUCAUCCA